GAGAGAGUGUGUGUGUGUGUGUAAUAGCUCCUCCCUGCAUCAAGGGACCCAGAAGCUUUCCCAAAUAGGAUCCCAGUCUGGGAGACCUUGGACAAGUGACUUAACCUCACUGGCCUGUUUCUUCAUCUGUAAAACAGGAGUAAUACAGUACCUCCGUCAUAGGUUGUGUUAUUGAGGGUAAGUUCACGCCCGUAGGGUGCUUGGAACUAUGCCUAUGAGUAGGAGUAUUUUUGGCUCCUAGUUUCUCCAAAAGUGUCUCCGCCCCCCUACCUCCUCCCAGGCCGGAAGCUGGAGCCAGAGGUCAGGAGGCCAACGGCCUGAGCUGGGCCAGUAGGAGCUGGACCCACAGGGAGGGAGGAACCACGAUGUUUGUUGGGUGAACGAAUGGACAAAUGGAUAGAAUAAUGAACGAGUCUGUCUCCAGGGCCUGAAAUUCAACUCCCUCCCCACAGCUCAAGCUCCUGAAACGCAGGCCCACUCUCUUGCCAAACCCCCUUCAUGUGGGCUCUGCUCUCUCUGAACGCACCACUCAGCUCUCCGAGCUCCCCAGAGGCCUGUCUACCUUGUAGGGCAGGCCUAGCUCAGUGUGGCCUUUCCUGACCCUGUGAGUCCCUGGGGUAGGCUGGGGGCACUGUGGGAGGCCCUACGUGGUAUCCUCGCCCUACAGAGCCGGCGUUCUUCCUUUCCUUUCCAGCCACUGUGGGCCCUGUGCAGGUGCAUGGGGCUACCCUGCUAGGGCCCCCUCUUGGGUGGGGCUCACCUGCCAGGCUCAGGAACUUUGACCUUGGGGAAAUCUCCCUUCACAUCAGCGCAGACAUGCCAAAACAAGGAUCGCCCAUAGCCCACACGGAAUUGAAAUAUUUUGCCAUGAAUUCUUUUAAAGAGGAUUUAUAUGAUCUUUACAAUGUUGAAUUUGUUAAGAACAGAUUACUUGUUACUGGGUAUGAACACGAAACGGCUAUUACGUUCUCCAUUUUGGUCACGCCUGAUGUCCCAGGAUCUAGCUCAGUGCUCAGCACUCAGCAGGUGCUCAGUAAACAUUCGUUGACUCCGUGGCACUGAAGAUUUGCAUCUGACGUCACAGAUGACACGAGCUGGGUUUACCAGCUGACAUCACGUGGAGUGUAGCAGACACCCAACUCAGCAGCUCUGACGAGUCGCUGCCGGCUCCUCUGGGGAGACCAUCCCCCACCCACCGUCCACCUGCCACUGUUCGGCCAGCCCUUAGGAGGAGAGCCAUCCUCACUGCAGCUGACAGUGCCUCGGGGCCUCGGCUCUCAGCUUCCAGACCUCUCCCCGCUCCCAGCCCCCCAUGCCGAGGUCCGCCUUGUCAAUCAUUUCCUUCUGUCAUCGGCUUGGCAAACAGGAGAGAAAACGGAGCUUCAUGGGAAACAGCCGCAACAGUUGGUCUCACGCGCCGUUCCCCAAGUUGGAGCUGGGCCUGGGGUCCCGGCCCGCAGUGCCGCGGGAGCUCCCCGCCUGCUCCAUCUGCCUGGAGAGGCUGCGGGAGCCCGUCUCGCUGGACUGUGGCCAUGACUUCUGCGCGCGGUGCUUCAGCACACACCGCGUCCCGGGCUGCGAGCCGCCUUGCUGUCCAGAGUGCCGGAAGAUCUGCAAGCAGAAGAGGGGCCUCCGGAGUCUGGGGGAGAAGAUGAAGCUCCUGCCGCAGAGGCCUCUGCCCGCUGUGCUGCAGGAGACCUGCUCCGUGAGGGCCGAGCCGCUGCUGCUGGUGCGCAUCAAUGCCUCCGGAGGCCUCAUCCUGAGGAUGGGGGCCAUCAACCGCUGCCUGAAGCACCCCCUGGCCAGGGACACCCCUGUCUGCCUCCUCGCUGUCCUGGGGGAGCAGCACUCAGGGAAGACCUUCCUCCUCAACCACCUGCUCCGGGGCCUGCCGGGCCUGGAGUCAGGGGAGGGCGGCUGGCCGAGAGGAGGAGGGUCCCUGCAGGGGUUCAGGUGGGGUGCCAAUAGCCUCACCAGGGGCAUAUGGAUGUGGAGUCACCCCUUCCUGCUGGGGAAGGAGGGGAGGAAGGUGGCUGUGUUCCUGGUGGACACAGGGGACGCCAUGAGCCCGGAGCUGAGCAGGGAAACCAGGACCAAGCUCUGUGCCCUCACCACGAUGCUGAGCUCCUACCAGAUCCUCAACACCUCCCCGGAGCUGAAGGAUACAGACCUGGAAUAUCUGGAGAUGUUUGUGCACGUGGCCGAGGUGAUGGGCAGGCAUUAUGGGAUGGUGCCGAUCCAGCACCUGGAUCUCUUAGUCCGGGACUCAUCCCACCCCAACAAGGCAGGGCUGGGGCACGUGGGUGACGUCAUCCAGAAAGCCUCCAGCAAAUACCCCAAGGUUCAGGAGCUGCUCCGAGGGAGGCGAGCCCGCUGCUACCUCCUGCCUGCUCCCGAGAGGCGGUGGGCCAGCAAAGACCACGGAAGCCCAGGCGACACAGAUGACGAUGUCCGCCACCUCUGUGCCUACGUCGCCGAUGUGCUGAGUGUGGUCCCCCAGCACGCCAAGAGCCGCUGCCAGGGGUACUGGAGCGAGGGCCGCCCCGCGGCCAGGGGAGACAGACGCCUGCUCACCGGGCAGCAGUUAGCUCAGGAAAUCAAGAACCUCUCAGGCUGGAUGGGGAGGACGGGGCCCGGGUUCACCUCCCCGGACGAGAUGGCCGCCCAGCUGCACGACCUGAGGACGGUGGAAGCUGCCAAGAAGGAGUUUGAGGAGUACGUGCGGCAGCAGGACGUGGCCACCAAGCGCAUAUUCUCUGCGCUCCGGGUACUGCCCGACACCAUGCGGACCCUCCUCGCCACCCAGAAAGAUGCCAUCCUGGCCCGCCACGGGGCGGCCCUGCUGUGCAAGGGCAGAGAGCAGACCCUGGAGGCCCUGGAGGCCGAGCUGCAGGCCGAGGCCAAGGUCUUCAUGGACUCUUACACCAUGCGCUUCUGUGGCCACCUGGCCGCCGUCGGGGGCGCCGUGGGCGCCGGGCUCAUGGGCCUGGCGGGCGGCGUGGUGGGCGCCGGCAUGGCCGCGGCCGCACUGGCCGCGGAGGCCGGGAUGGUGGCGGCCGGCGCGGCGGUGGGGGCCACGGGGGCUGCGGUGGUCGGGGGUGGCGUGGGCGCCGGGCUGGCUGCCACCGUGGGCUGCAUGGAGAAGGAGGAGGACGAGAGGGUGCAGGAAGGGGACCGAGAGCCCCUACUGCAGGAAGAAUAACGGGGCCCAGGAGACCCAAGGGAGGAAGAGGUGCCGGGUGGGAGGGCAGGAGGUGCCGGAGGGGAGGGCUUGGGGGCGGUGUGGAGAGCACGGCGUGCCGCACCGCCCUGCUCCAAUGCCCAGUGUCAGGGUGGCUGGCCGAGCUGGACAAUCCAGGUGGCUCCAGGAUCCUGGGGAGGCCACCUGGGGCCAGGAGGCAGUGUCUGGGGGCAGUGGAUAGAGGAUAGGGCCCGUUCCUGGUUGCAGACCACUGCUAACCUGCCUGUGGUUCCCAGACCAACUUGACCCCAGGGUUUCCCACCCAGAGUGAGGCUCCACUGGCCUCCCUCUCCUGGCUUAUUCCCCUGAUGACCCUGAAUUGUAGGAAGGCUGAGCAGGCACCAUUCUGGAAGUCUCCCUUGGGUGGAGAGGAUCUGUCCCUUCACAGAUGGGAGAAGCCGCGGGGUCGGGUGACGUUGGUGCUCAGGACCAGGGAGCACUGAUGAGGGGCUGGGGGAGAGAGAGAGAAGGAGCGGCCACUGGGCAGAACCAAAGAGUCCAGUGUGGUGGACAGCGACCUAAUCCCCAGAGUGGAGACACUUUGCUCUGAUGACUUUUCCCAGAGCUGCCCCCAGGAGGAUAAUGGUGGCCUCCCUGACCCUCCGCAGCCCCAGGGAGUCCACAUAUGCACUUUGAAUGGGGGUCCCUGUAGAUCUUCCCUCAUGGGUGUGUUCUUUGUUGAGCAAGCUCAGACAGCAGAGUGCCCGAGUUCCUUCUGGAAUGCUGUCCCAGCAAUGGGUUAGAUGCCAAAGAAAAAUGCCCGUAAUUGCAUUCUGAGCUAAAUCGGACAGCCCUCGUGAGUCUAUGAAAGUCCUGCAAGGGACAGCAAAGGGAAGAACACAUUCCAUCCCGAACACGAACACGCCCUUUUUCUGGAGCCCAUGUCUGCAGGAGACCUGGGUGCAACCCCCCACAGGAACCCAGAGGGCCCAGCGUCCUUCCAUGGGACAGAAAAGUCCUGCUGGAAGACUUCUAGGCUAUUAAGCUGUAAAGUAUUCAUGGGCGCCUUAUAUGAAAAAUAAACUGUGUGUGCUUGAGUGUCA